AAAACAAGGUGGCAUCACUGGACUGAUGUGACAUAUGUGAUAUGGAUUGAAUUGAAUUGAACUUCACGGCCUGAAGCUAAGCUUAAGAAUAAUAAAAAGAACUGUAAUUAUAAUUCAUAGUACGUGAAUGUGUGGAUAUCAAUUAUUAAUAUUAAUUAUAUGUUACACCUCGUAGAAUAAUAACAAUAAUACUAAACUGUCAAGUACAAGUCAGUCGGUAUUUUAAAGUAUUUUAAAAUAGAGCGUCUACUUGAUGGUGUUUGUUAUCUGAUGUGAUAUGUUUCAUGAAUAAGAAGAAAGUAUUAUUAUAAAGUUCCAUAUCAUAACUAGUUAUGGCAGAUAUCUUAGAUAUAUUGGAUAUUGAGCAGCCAAGUGCAUCAGAGGUUACAAGGGAUAGUAUAAUACAUGGUGAUAAAAAUAAAAAGAAAUAUGUCACCGCCAAAGCCGUUCGAAGACCGGAGGGCAUGCAUCGAGAGGUAUUCGCUCUGUUAUGCAAUGAUAAUAAAGAGUUACCACCCUUACUACCCACAGACACUGGCAAAGCAUACAAGCAAAAUAAAGCUAAACUUGGCAUGAGAAAAGUGAGGAAAUGGGUCUGGGCACCAUUCACAAAUCCUGCCAGAAAAGAUAAUGCUGUAUUCUAUCAUUGGAAAAGGGCUGCCGAUGAGGCUAAAGAAUAUCCAUUUGCACAAUUCAAUAAGCAAGUGUCAAUACCAUCAUAUUCUGAAUCUGAAUACAAUCAAUACUUAAAAUCGGAAGACUGGAGUCAAGCAGAAACUGAUCAUCUCAUGGAUUUGUGUCAAAGAUUCGAUCUCCGGUUCAUUGUGAUCCAUGACAGGUGGGAUAGAGCAGCCUUCAGAGACAGGAGCAUUGAGGACUUGAAGGAGAGAUAUUAUAAUAUUUGUGCUAUAUUGAGUAAGGUCAAAACAAAUCCCUGGUCCAACACUGUGACAAUGGUAAAUGGAGAAAAAAGAGUAUAUCAUUAUGAUGCUGAACAUGAAAGAAAACGAAAAGAACAACUUAAGAGACUGUUUGACAGGACACAGGAACAAAUUGAUGAAGAACAAAUGCUACUAGCCGAACUCAAGAAAAUAGAAGCAAGGAAACGUGAACGGGAAAGGAAAACACAAGACCUCCAAAAACUUAUAUCCAGAGCUGACAGUGGUGGUAACGGUAUCACCAGUAAUCAACUUAAUACCACUACAGACGGUGCUAAUACCCCAACAAACUCAUCAUCUAGUAUCGCUAGAAGGCAUGACAGGAAGUUGCAUAAGAAAAAACUGUCCACACAGCAAAGGCCUGUGCGAGCAGUGGAAACAGUGACUGUCGAGUGGUCCGGUAUAAAGUUCCCUGAGGCUCGCAGCACUGGAGUGUGGUUACGAUCGCAGCGUAUGAAGCUACCACCUGGAGUGGGACAGAGAAAGACUAAAGCUAUCGAACAGGAGCUCCGCCUUAUGAGUAUUGGUAAUUAUCAACCAACAAAUAAAAGUUUAUCAUCAGGAAGUUUUGUAUAA